AUGGGGAGUUGGGCGAUCAUAUCAUAUCCCUCUCCUUGCCGUCCUUUAGCCAGCUCGAAACUCGCUGCUGCAGACAAGUACGGGGUCAAGAUCAACCUGAUCACGUCCUAUCCAGGAGACCAGUUCCUAAUAGAGAUCUUCCCCUGCCAAGGCAAACCCACCAGAGAGCUAUGGCUCAGCUUCUGGGCGGAAGUACACUACAACUCCGUCUACAGUGCAGAAAGCCUCCCUCCACCUCAGCCAAAAAAGAAGCACUGGCUGUUCGCUUGA